CGUCUACCCGUCCAACAGAAACUGGAUCUUCGUCAUUCCUAGCAGCAUGGAGUCUCCCCAUAGCACUCUUCAGCGUCGAUUCAAUAAUGUGCUGCGCGAAUUGGAGCAGAAGAAACCGCAGCUGGAUGAGCUGGUUCACACAGCCGAAAAUCUUCGUGCUGACUCCAACCGCCAACAGCUUCAUGGCAAAGUAUUUAGGAACGAUAGUGCGUUGUUACAUCUGCGAGAGAUAAUUAAAGUGACCAAGUUGCGAGAACACUGGGAUGAGGCGAACAACGCAGUGGUGCAGAGGAAAGCGACCCUGGACGCCAUGUUGAGCGACAGCCAGCGCUACGACUCGAAGCGGCAGGAGGUAGAAGCGUGGCUCAACCGCAUGGAAACCCGGCUUGACCGCAUGCCGCCCGUCGGACACACCGCCGAUGUCCUCGACACCCAAAUCAGAGAGCAGAAGUCGUUCCACGCUGAAGUGCACCAGUACAAAAGCAACAUCGACAUACUGAGCAAGUUGACCCAGCAGUUGGUGGCCGUGUACCAGCAAGACGACACCUCUCGCGUCAAGAAAACAACAGAGCAGAUCAACAUGCGCUACAACAACCUAAAUUCAAGCAUCGUGAAACGUGGCGAACUAUUGCAUUCGGCAAUCAACUCGCUGCACAAUCUAGACAGGUCUCUAGAUAAGUUCCUGGCUUGGCUGUCCGAGACAGAAUCCGCCCUGGAGACGGUCGAAACCGAUCCGGAGAAACAGGCUACCCAUCUCAAG